AUGGAGCAACCAAAGGUUGUGGAACAGUAUGGUGAACAUAGGGACAAGGGAAGGCGUCAAGGGGACCAGCCCUUGAGGGAGAACCUUGGAAGUCAGAGAGAGGUCAGAGUCACUGAGGGCAUCAAAGCCAUCCAGCAAGUCAGUACUCGGGAUAAGACCAUACAAGAGCCAAAGAGCCACACGGGGAGACAGACGGACACACCAGGGGGUGGACAGUGCGACAAGAAGACAAGAUGUUGA